AUGCAACAACCAGUUGUAAUGUAUCUGGGCUGUUUGAUUGUUUUACUGGCUGUGGUUUUUGGAGCCGAGAAAGUUAACGCAGGGCCAAGACCAGAAGAUGUCACGGAGGGAGACGCCAGCGUCAGCGAUGGAGUCGUGUUUUCGAACGCAUCGAAGGUCACCAUCGAAGACAGUAACAUCGAAAUUCUGUUAUCCGAUGUUUUCCGUCCGUACCGUGAACUACGAAUAUUUCACAUGGCAGCCAGGUUGCGCUCGGUUAAGUCGGAUGCAUUUGCAUCAGUGCCAGCGCUCGUCGAACUCAACUUAGAUAACAAUUUUCUCUCAACGGUACCGAAGGAUGCCCUUCAAGAGCUUCGCGUUCUCGAAACGCUCUCUAUCCGGAGUAACCUCUUAGAGGCGUUGUCAGAUGGGGACGAAUUUUUCAGUCUUCCAAAUUUACGGAGCCUAUCAUUAAGUUGGAAUAACAUCAGCUACAUCCAUUCCAAUACGUUCGCGAAUCUAAAUCACCUAAGAACGCUUGAUUUGUGUGGGAACUCCCUGUCGGCACUCGAUGAUUCGAUCUUUCAUAAAUCACCCAUGCUGGAAGAGCUUGAUUUAAGCUUCAACUAUAUCAUCCAGUUCACCAUGUCCCAUUUCCAUUAUUCAAUAGAACUCCGGAAACUAUCACUUGCCGGGAAUCUGUACGACACACUACCGAGCAACAUUUUCGCCACGUUGAGGCACCUAGAGCGGCUAGAUUUAUCAAAAAAUUUUCUGAAAGUCCUUCCGGAACGGUUGGUCUCAUCAAACCACGCGCUUGAGCAACUAGACCUUGGGUCGAAUCUUAUCGAGACCAUUCCAGCAAAUGCGUUUCUCGGGCUGGUAAACCUUUUUAUUUUAAAUUUGCGAAACAAUCGGCUUACCAGUGUGCCAGAAGGCCUCUUGCGAGAUCAGUCUGAAUUCAUACAACUGUCAUGGGAGGGAAACAGACUCGAUCGUUUCGAAGAAGGGUUGUUUCUUGGAAGCAGCAUAGAGCUGCAGAAUAAUCGGCUCCGACUGGUAGGGAAAAUACCAUUGGUGAAUCGUUCGCAUGUGCAGAGAUUGAUGCUGUAUGGUAAUGAAAUCGAAGUGAUCGAAGCUGAUUCCUUGGAUGGUUUGACGAGAUUGGAAGAGAUUUACUUGUCUAACAACCGGAUUGGAGAACUUCCAUCGAUGCUGUUUCAGACAUGCGACCAUCUGCGUCACGUGACCUGCUCGUAUAACAGGCUGACAGUGCUGCGAACAAACACCUUUUCUGGACUGUCUCGACUCCACUCGGUUGAUCUGUCCAACAACCAGCUGAGCAUCAUUGAACCAGCCGUUUUCCACGGAUCACCUGUGGAGUAUCUCAACCUGAACGGAAAUUUACUUACGACCCUCGACAGCUGGGCAUUCUCAGGCACUCGUUUGCGGUACCUGUUCGUCGAUUCCAAUAAGAUUACGUCCCUGGACCAAGAUCUGAGCGUCCUUAAUGAGCUGAGGGAGUUAUCGGCAGCGAAAAACGUCAUAAAGUUUGGAGCGGAAUGUCCACUGAGAAACUUUACGCAGCUGACGUAUGUCGACUUGACGAACAACUCGCUCGACUCAGUAGGCAGUGGUUGUUGGGAGCGUCAAAGCGCCCACACGCAUUCGUUUCGUGUCUCCAUGGCAUUCAACAAACUUUCUGAUCCGCCACUUUUCUCAGGGCGCUUCGACACGCUCGAUCUUUCUGGCAACAACAUUUCGGACCUCGGUGAUGGGAGUCGGUUCCGAGGAUAUCAGGAAAUGGAGACGCUGCUGCUUGGGAAAACAUCCCUCGGUGAGUUGCGAGCGGAAAAUUUCGCUUUUCUGCCAAAUCUAACAGCCAUAACGGUGAGUUCGGACCGGCUUAAGCAAAUCGACGAAAACACGUUUCAUCUGCUGAAACUAAAACGGCUUGAAAUAACCCAUUCACCACUCAAGAAGCUUCCCGCACUAUUACUCAAAGGUCAGACGAUCCUUUUACAUGUAUCGUUCGCUAACAACGAUCUUCUAGAGCUGCAGGAGGACUUUUUCACUGAUUGCAGCCAACUCACGAUGGUCGAUCUAUCUGGUAACUGGCUCACUACCGUCUACCGGCAAUGGUUUGCCGAACAGGCUUCACUUUCUUCCGUGGACCUCUCAGAUAAUAAAAUCACGCACAUCCCAUCCGAUCUGUUUUCGCCAAAGACACACUCGCCUACGAUAUUCUCAAUAGCGGGCAAUGAGCUCGUUUCGAUCGCCAACGCCACGUUCCUGGCGGAAGUGCCAAUUACGUGGCUCAACCUCUCCCGUACUGGGCUGGAUAAUAUCGAUAUCCUUAAUCGGAAUGAAUUCAUCAAUCUACUUGAUGUUUCCGGAAAUCAGUUAGAUCACUUGUUGGUGCGUGCAAAAUACAUAGACGUGUUUGCCAACUCCAACCGAAUCACAUCGCUCCAGUGGGAGAAAAGUGGAAAGUUCGAGUUGGAAAUCCUGGAACUAGCGGACAACGAGCUAGAGCAGCUCGACCUCCGCGUGUUUGAGGCGAAAAGGAUUAGGAAUGUUGACGUAUCGGGAAACCGACUUUCAAAUGUGCCAUUCGAGGCGUUGCACAAGGCUAGAUUAUUGUUGGAACUGAACGUCUCACGGAACAACAUCCGCACGCUUCCGGUGGACCCCAUCAGGCGGUUCAAGCUGGAAACGCUGGACUUGUCAGAAAACCCGAUCGAGGUGCUUCCCGAAGGCUUCCUGAGUUCAGCAAUAGUUAACGAUCUGAUCACGAACAUCGCGAAGUGAUAACUUAUUG